AUGCCGCCUUCCCAGCGCGGCGGAGCGCACGGCCGGCCGCCCCGAAGCCACUUGAUCCUCCAGGCUCUGGCGCACCCGCGGCCCCCUCGGGCGCAAUUUGGAGAGGCCGAGCACCACAACGGCGGCAGCAGCAGCAGCAGCAGCAAUCUUGGAAAUCGCCCCGCCGCUUCGUCUCUCUCCUCCUCUUCCUCUUCCUCCUCUUCCUCCUCCUUUCCCGCACCUUCCUCUUAUUCCUCCCCCUCCGCCGGAGUGCAAAACGGCGGCGCGGAGAUGAGCAGUUUUAAGUGGAGUCCCUCCGGACGUCGAACGGGCAGCCUCUACUGCAGGGUGGGCAUCGGUUUCCACCUCCAGAUCCACCCGGAUGGGCAGGUCAACGGCUCUCACCAAGACAGCCUCUUAAGUAUUUUGGAAAUAUUCGCUGUGUCUCAGGGGAUAGUAGGAAUACGCGGAGUUUUCAGCAACAAAUUUUUAGCCAUGUCGAAAAAAGGAAAACUGCAUGCAAGUGCCAAAUUCACCGAUGACUGCAAGUUCAGGGAGCGGUUUCAAGAAAACAGCUAUAACACCUACUCCUCGGCGGUCCACCGGACGGGCAAAACCGGAAGAGAGUGGUACGUGGCUUUGAACAAGAGAGGGAAAGCCAAGCGUGGGUGCAGCCCGCGAGUAAAACCCCAGCAUGUCUCCACUCAUUUCCUUCCGCGGUUCAAACAAACCGAACCACCAGAACUUUCUUUUACGGUAGCCGUCCCUGAGAAGAGAAGACCACCGGUGGUGGCUCUUCCAGCCAAGCCCAAAGUACCUCAGAAGAAACCCAUCAAGUACAGACUCAAAUUUCGCUUUGGGUAG